UACCAAUUUACCACCAUCUUUUACAGCAGAGGAAUAGUGAAAUAGGCGGUGACGGUAGGUAGAGUGAGAAAGCGAGAAUCGUGCUAUAGAAUGUUUCGAAAACUUUGUUUCAACCUUCAAAAGUAGUGAAAAAAUAUCUGCAUGGUAGGAUACGAAUUUGAAUUUGAGUCACUGCAUGAACCCGAAAGACGUAAUUCGGCGGCAAGAUGUGUUACUAUAUCACAUAGAAUACAUCUUUUUUACAAAAAAGUGUUCAUCCAAGCACAACGUCGUAACGCGAAUUUAAUAAAAAAUAUUUAACGUUUAACAAUCGUUUCGCCCCUCCUCUGUGCACGAACUGUUGUUUUCGAAUGAUUGUGUAGUGUGUUUAUUUGUAAACAAACCAACGUGCUAAGCAUCCGUUCUGCACCAUUCGUUCUAUACACACUCGUAUAUUUUCUUUUGAACUGUACGAUUAUUUGCGCUGGAGUAUGGACGAGUCAACAAAGUAUUCUCUGGAAUAUACGGAAUCAUUCGUCGUAUUGACCAUUAACACUCCUGAGCUGGAUUUAGAACAGGAUGGUUCUAUCAGUAUGGAAGUGAGCAAUCGGGAACUUGUGUUCACUGCGCCACCUUAUCAUCUUAGAUUACCAGUUGAACGAGAUCUAGUUCAAGCCGAGGUGUUCCCGAUAAGCAUAGAUUACGAAAAAUGUGUCAUCACAUAUCACAUUCCGAUUAGAGAGGCCGUUCACGUCACUAAGGACUCGAUGGACGAUAAUCAUAAAUAUGGCUUCGGCAAUUUCUACAGUGGUAUGUUGAAUAUUAUUAACAGUCAGGAUUUCAAAACUCUCUCGAACCCAGAAAAGAAGUCGAACGAAGAACGAAGAAAGACACGUCUUCUGGACGAGCAGAAUGAUUUCGAUGCUGAGUACUACGGAAUGGAUUAUGUUCAGAACGAGAUUGAUGGAUUUGGUUUGAGGACGAACUGCAUACCAAUUGCUGUAAAGCUUACAUCAGACCAAACCUAUCGCAUCGGUGUCAUAGUUGAGGAGAAGAAGCGUAGCUUAGGAAGCUACUCACCGCUUCAGAAAGAUGGUAAAGUUAUCCGUAGUUUGGUUGAUAUUCUGUUAGCAACGUUGUAUGACAAGCUGAUCAACUGUAAUGAGGCAAACGAGGCAAUGACACACGUUACCAUUCAUCGGAUAUCAGCCACAUUGUCUUACUUUGAAAAUUUCGAUACGUUAGAAGAAGUUCUGGUCGCAUUUUAUAGACGAUGUUGUAUUUAUCCACUGUAUCGGAGUAAAGAUCUGGCCAAGGUUUGUGUACAUACGUUAGCCGAGGCUUUGGAUGAACCCAGUUUUGAUGAGUGGAUUUUGGAGAAACUCAUGUAUUGCUAUGAAGCAUUCAAGACGAACGAAUGCGUUCUGUUGAACCAAUACUACAUCAAAGAUUAUAUUAGGUUUGUAAAGACCGGAUCAUCGAACGAGGAGAUACGUCAAGUAAGCAGUGAAAUUUUAAAGUUGCUACCACGUGUUCAUGUCAUGCCGUUGGGGUUCGAUGAAGAGCAUACUGUACGGAGGUUUCUUAGUGAAAUUAUAGGAAAAGAGGAUGCGACAACUGAUUCGGACGAUUCAAGUGGGUCGGAAAGUGAGGAUGAAACAGAAACCGAUAACAGUACGGACGAUGAGCAGACUGUAGAAAAACCUGAGGAGAGUGUACUUGAUAGGUUAAUGAAUUUGAAAAUACAAGCUUGAUUUCAUAAAACACUAUCUGAUCCGACAAACUUCAUCCCACCCAAAAUUUAUUUUCAGUACUUCUACCAAAACUCGAUAUUAUAAAAUCAGAUUAUUUUCAGAUACAAUUCUCGUGCAAGAUUCUUCAUCCACUUGCAAAUAUCAUGUUUCUCCGUUACAUAGAAAAAAUGUUUGAUACACAAAAUAUGAUAGAAUAAAGACAGCCCUAAAUCGGCCUUUCUCGAGUUUCGCUCUUAUCAACACAUUCGGCGAUCCAUUUUAUUUAUAUAGUUAGAAGACGAUAUAGGAGUACGUUUUAUCACAUUAAAAUUCAUUUCCACUUUCGAACGGAGAUCAAUUUCCUUAGCGCAAACAUCAAAUGAACUAACAACGCUUGUCAAUAUGUAAUACAGGUCGGACUCGAUUAUCCGGAGUAUUGAUUUUUUAUUUCACGAGUCAAAACAAUUUUUUUUAUUUGUUUUUUUGCAUGCAUUUUUCAUUUUUGAAAAUAAAAGAGGAAUUUGA